GAUAGAGUCCUAAGUAUGCUUCCACCUUGGCAUAUGUAUGAGCGGGGAUGUGAGUAUUUCAUCUUUACACUUGGAGUUGAGCUGGUAUACACCACUGUCAAAAAUUUGAAGGAUGACUUGCGACAAUAUCAACCUCAGUACUUCAUUUCUGUACCUUUAGUAUAUGAAACACUCUACAGUGGGAUUCAAAAGCAGAUUUCAACUGGCUCCACUGUUCGUAAGAUUAUAGCACUUACACUCAUAAGGGUCAGCUUGGCUUAUGUGGAGUUGAAGAGAAUAUAUGAGGGACUUUGUCUAACAAGGAAUCAGAAGCAACCUUCAUAUCUUGUCUCAAUGUUAGACUGGUUGUGGGCAAGACUUACUGCUGCAAUCUUAUGGCCAAUUCAUGUGUUGGCAAAGAAGCUUGUCUAUAAAAAAAUUCAAUCUGCUAUUGGAAUAUCCAAGCUUGGCAUAACUGGAGGUGGUAGUUUGGCUUUGCAUAUUGACAAAUUUUUUGAGGUUAUAGGGGUGAAUAUCCUGAAUGCAUAUGGUUUAACAGAAACAUCUCCUGCUGUUGCAGUUCGGCGACUGAACUGUAAUGUUCUUGGUUCAGUUGGCCAUCCAAUUAAACACACAGAAAUCAAAAUUGUAGAUUCUGAGACAGAUGAAGUUCUCCCACCUGGAUCCAAGGGUGUUGUAAAAGUCAGAGGGCCUCAGGUGAUGAAAGGUUACUAUAAGAAUCCAUGGGCUACAAAGCAAGUCCUAGAUGAGGAUGGUUGGUUAAACACUGGUGAUUUAGGUUGGAUUGUACCUCACCAUUCAAGAGGGCGGAGUCGUCGAUGUGGUGGUGUGCUUGUUCUUGAAGGACGUUCGAAGGACACUAUUGUUCUUUCAACUGGUGAAAAUGUAGAACCCUUAGAGCUUGAAGAGGCUGCCUUGAGAAGCAAUUUAAUUCAACAGAUUGUUGUUAUGGGCCAGGAUCAACGACGCCCUGGAGCCAUCAUUUUUCCCAACAAAGAAGAGUUGCUCUUUGCAGCAAAAAGAUUGUCCAUUGUAGAUUCAGAUGCAGAUGCCUCCGAGCUUAGCAAGCAAAAAGCAACUACCCUGUUAUAUGAAGAGUUGAAAAAUUGGACAUCAGAUUGCUCGUUUCAAAUUGGACCAAUCUUUAUUGUGGAUGAACCUUUUACGAUAGAAAGUGGGUUAAUGACUCCAACAAUGAAGAUCAGAAGGGAUAGAGUAGUAGCACUAUACAAACAAGAAAUAGCUAAUCUUUACAAGUAAUUGUAAUUCCCUACCAAAAUGUAAUGUUAUUUUUAUGACAUUAAUAAAAUUGUUUCCAACAG